AUGGCGGGUGAAAAGUCCGAGAAAGCAGACACUGAGAAGAAACCUGCAGUCAAGGCUGAUGCUGUAGGCAGGGCUAAAAAGGGUGACCCUAAGGUUACAAAGCCAAAGAAGGGGAAGCCCCACUGCAGCCGGAACCCGGUCCUGGUGAGAGGAAUUGGCAGGUAUUCCCGAUCAGCUAUGUAUUCCAGAAAGGCUCUGUACAAGAGGAAGUACUCAACUGCCAAAUCCAAGGUUGAAAAGAAAAAAAGGGAAAAGGUUCUUGCUACGGUCACAAAACCAGUCGGUGGUGACAAGAAUGGAGGUACCCGCGUGGUUAAGCUUCGUAAAAUGCCUAGGUAUUAUCCUACAGAAGACGUGCCACGGAAGCUGUUGAGCCAUGGCAAGAAACCCUUCAGUCAGCAUGUGAGAAGGCUGCGUGCCAGCAUCACUCCUGGUACUAUCCUGAUCAUCCUCACAGGACGCCACAGAGGCAAGAGAGUGGUUUUCCUGAAGCAGCUGGAAAGUGGCUUACUACUUGUGACUGGACCUCUUUCUCUCAAUCGAGUUCCUCUGCGUAGAACACACCAAAAGUUUGUCAUUGCCACCUCCACAAAAAUUGAUAUCAGCAAAGUUAAAAUUCCUAAACACCUCACUGAUGCUUACUUCAAGAAGAAGAAACUGCGGAAGCCCAGGCAUCAGGAAGGCGAGAUCUUUGACACAGAGAAGGAGAAAUACGAGAUUACAGAGCAACGUAAAGUGGAUCAGAAAGCUGUGGACUCGCAAAUUUUGCCAAAGAUCAAAGCUGUUCCUCAGCUCCAGGGCUACCUGCGGUCGGUUUUUGCUCUAACGAAUGGAGUUUAUCCUCACAAAUUGGUGUUCUAAGUUUCUUACUAAGAACCUAAUUAAACAACUGAUAAAUUUG